AUGACUCAAUUUUUACCGCCGAACUUACUGGCGUUGUUCGCACCACGCGAUCCCAUCGCCUACCUGCCACCCGUUACUAAAUUACCGCACGAGAAGAAAAACCGGGGCUAUUUAGGCGUCGGCGAUUUCCUGGACAGUUUCGAGGAUCCCAAAGAUACCCCUCCGCCUACGAGGGUCGAAACUAGGGAAGAGAGGCUCGAGCGAAGGAGAAAAGAAAGGGCCGAACAGGUCGCCUAUAAAUUAGAACAAGAAAUCGCCGUGUGGGAUCCCGCUACUGCACCCAACACCACCAAUGAUCCGUUUAAAACGUUAUUCAUUGCCAGGAUCAAUUACGAUACUUCGGAAUCGAAGCUUCGUAGGGAAUUUGAAGUAUACGGUCCUAUAAAAAAGAUUGUUCUAAUUCACAAUAGCGUGAACGGUAAACCGAGGGGGUAUGCUUUUAUUGAAUACGAACACGAACGAGACAUGCACUCCGCAUACAAACACGCCGACGGCAAGAAAAUCGACGGGCGUCGCGUGUUGGUCGACGUCGAACGAGCCAGGACCGUCAAAGGAUGGCUACCCCGACGAUUAGGAGGCGGCCUGGGGGGCACGAGACGCGGCGGUCCCGACGUCAACAUCAAGCAUUCGGGUCGCGAGGACAACGAGCGCGAGCGCGAACGCUACCGGUUGGAGCGCGAGCGCGAAGAACGGGGCGCCGUGCGCGAGCGCGACAGAGAGCGGGAGAGGCCGGAGAGGGCGGGGCGCGAGAGGGAGUACGAGCGGCGGCGGAGCCGGUCGAGGGAGAGACGGCGCCGGAGCCGGUCGAGGUCGCCGCGACGCGAGAAGAGGCGGCGCAGCAAGGAGAAGGUGCGCGAGGAGAUUACGAUCGAGGACGAUUACGAUAGGAGAGAUAGGGAGAAGGAUAGGGAUAGAGAAAAGGAUAGGAAGCGUAGACGUUCGAAGUCCCGCGAUAAGGAUAGGGAAGCGCGGAAGAGGGAGCGCAGAGAGCGACGCGAAAAGGAGAAGAUCGAAAGGGUAGAAUUUAUCAAAACGGACGAUGGAAGCGAAAUGAUUCGUGUGAAAGAAGAACCUGUUGACGAUUACGAUUAUUCCAACUACCAACCGACGACUUACGAUGCUGGAAAGGUGAAAUACGAAGAUGAAGAAGAUCACAAGUACGAUCCGCACGAUACGAACGGUUCGAGACGAUUCGACGACGAUUACGAGGAAGGGGAGUAUAAUUAA